CCUGAGCUCAGGCAGAUGUGUGUGUCAUUGAAAUGGCUCAGGGCAGGUAAGUCUGACCCUCUGAUCCUCUUUCUCCAGCCUAAGAAAUGCACGGUGAUCGGAGGCUCCGGGUUUCUGGGGCAGCACCUGGUGGAGCAGUUGCUGGCGCGAGGUUACUCUGUCAAUGUGUUUGAUAUCCACCAAGGCUUUGCUAACCCACGGGUGCAGUUCUUCAUAGGCGACCUCUGCAACCAACAGGACCUGUACCCAGCUCUGAAAGGUGUAAGCACAGUUUUCCACUGUGCGUCACCCCCACCGUCCAGUAACAACAAGGAACUCUUUUAUAAAGUGAAUGUCAUUGGCACUAAGAAUGUCAUUGAAACCUGCAAAGAGGCUGGGGUUCAGAAACUCAUUUUAACCAGCAGUGCCAGUGUCGUCUUUGAGGGUGUUGACAUAAAAAAUGGAACUGAAGAUCUCCCGUAUGCCGUGAGGCCCAUUGACUACUACACAGAGACCAAGAUCUUGCAAGAGAGAGCAGUACUGGAUGCCAACAACCCUGAGAAGAAUUUUUUAACCACAGCCAUUCGUCCUCAUGGCAUUUUCGGCCCAAGGGACCCCCAGAUGGUCCCCAUCCUUAUUGAUGCAGCUAGAAAGGGCAAAAUGAAGUUCAUAAUUGGAAAUGGGGAGAACCUGGUGGACUUCACCUUCGUGGAGAAUGUGGUUCAUGGACAUAUCCUGGCUGCUGAGCACCUCUCCAGAGAUGCAGCUGUAGGUGGGAAGGCAUUUCACAUUACCAACGAUGAGCCAAUCCCUUUCUGGACGUUCCUGUCCCGCAUUCUGAUAGGCCUCAAUUAUGAGGCUCCCAAGUACCACAUCCCCUACUGGGUGGCCUACUACCUUGCUUUCCUGCUGUCUCUGCUGGUGAUGGUGGUCCGUCCUUUCAUCCAAAUCCAGCCAACUUUUACACCAAUGCGGGUGGCACUGGCUGGCACAUUUCAUUACUACAGUUGUGAGAAGGCCAAGAAACUCAUGGGGUACCGGCCACUGGUCAGCAUGGAUGACGCCGUGGAAAGGACUGUGCAAAGUUUUCACCACUUGCGCAAAGACAAGUGAGGUCCCUCAGUGCCUUCACCAAUAACUUUCUCCUCUUUGUUCUGAUGAACUAAUAAUCCUUAAGUGAACUAUGUGGCCCUUGCUAGUUAGAUGGUAGCAUACCCAACCCCCCCCCCCAUGACAUUGGAGGUGACAAUAGCAGGAGACAUUUCUUCUAGGAGAUCAUUGGACUUCUUUAUGCAGGCAGACUCCUAUUCUUUAUGUCUCCUCCCCCUACUUCUCUUUCCUGGGUUCAUUAUCAUAAAGACAGCCCUAAGUACACCAACACUAAAGUGAAAGCCACAAGACUUCAUACAAGGUCUUCAAAAUGGAAGCAAAACUAGAAAUUGUAAAGAGAGUAAGACAUUAGACAUACAUUUCAUGUACUCACAGUAAAACAGCUAAGUAUUGAUGACUGUAAUC